AUGAACCGAUUGAGUGCUAUUACAGAGACGUUGGUGUCUCGCGAUGAUGGAAGUAUCGCUGCCCGUUUCUCGUCCUUCACACUUGGAGCUGCGGUAGCCUGCACAGUCUGGUAUGCCGCAGUCUCCUUAGUUUGCGCCGUAGGCUAUACCCAGCUGAGGCGUCACUAUUCCUGUCCUCCGCCGAAAGCGACAGUCUCUGGACCCGAUUCACCGCAUGUCACAAUCAUCCGGCCUGUAAAAGGCCUCGAGCCCAGUCUCUACCAAUGUCUGGAGUCGACUUUCCUUCAGGAGUAUCCAAAAGACAAGUUGACAGUCUUUCUUUGUGUGGCUGAUCGCGAAGACCCGGCCUUCCCGAUCCUACAGCAACUCAUCAAGGACAACCCGAGUUUCGAUGCCCAUGUACUGGUUGAAGAGGAGGAUCCGGAACUCCAAGGCGAUGCUGCAGACACGAGGCUCGGACCCAACCCGAAAGUCAGAAACAUGAGUCGGGCAUACAGAGAGGCCAAGGGUGACAUUGUGUGGAUCAUCGACUGCAACGUCUGGGUCAAUAGGGGUGCUUGCGGGAGAAUGGUCGACACGUUGAUCGGCAACAGAGGCAUCAAGAACAAAUUCGUCCAUCUUCUGCCAUUGGUCGUGGACAUCGCAGGCACACCACUUCCUGAAAGUGCACAAGGUCUCCUUGAAGGUCGCGAUCCUGACAACAACUACCGAGUCGUCUCUACCAGUACCGCAGGACACCAAUUGCGAUCCUCCAACAAUGCCUCCCUGGACGUCUUGAGCGAAGGUGGUGGAAGGAUUGAAGAGCUGUUCAUGUCCUCGGCACACGCAAAGUUCUACACGGCCAUCAACACUGUUUUGAUCGCACCAUGCAUUGUCGGCAAAUCGACCAUGUUCCGCAAAUCCCAUCUCAACAGUCUCACAAACGGACAGGGCAUCGAUUUCUUCUCCGAGAACAUCUGCGAAGACCAUCUCAUUGGCGAUUUGCUCUGGAAGGGAAAGAUUCCGGAAGAAGAGCGUGGUGAGAAGUGGGGCAAGCAUGCUCAAGUCUUUGGUGAUCUGGCCAUUCAACCAAUGGCUGGAAUGAGCGUGGCCGAGUACAUUGCUCGCAGAAGCAGAUGGCUUAGAGUCAGGAAGUUCACAGUCACUCUGGCGACAUUCGUCGAGCCGGGUACCGAGAGUUUUCUAUGCUCACUGUACGGCGCCUUCGCUUUUACAACGCUCCCAAUCUUCCACGACAGACUUGGCGUACCGCAGACGUGGACAGCCUUUGCCAUGUUCUGGCUUCUCAGCGUAUGCACCUGGUGUUACAUCGAUUGGACGCUCUACUGCAAGCUACACUCUGGCGCAUCAGUCCAAGUCGAUGAAAACACACCAGCAUUCGCACGUCCUCCAAGAGGAGGUAAACGUCGACCUUUCCAUGUCUGGUUCUUCGCUUGGCUCGCUCGUGAAACUUUGGCACUACCCAUCUGGACCUGGGCGGUCUACGGAGGCGUCACGGUAGUGUGGAGAGGCAAGAAGUUGUGGGUCGGUAUGGACAUGAAGGUCCACGAGAUCAACGCUGACAGCACUUUACUUGAUGCUUCAAAAGCAAGGACAGAUUGA